UUGGAUGAGGCAGCGCGCACCUAUGAGGUAGGUCUGCAAGCACUUGAUCGAAAAGAAGAUCGCAGUGCUUUUACAGCGUUUCAGCGAGCAGUAGAACUCGAUCCAACUCUCGCUGAAGCGUACUAUCAACUCGGGGUGCUUUACGGCAAACAAUCGCAGUGGAAACCAGCGAUUGAUGCACUCCAGACCGCAAUUAAACUCACACCCGAUUUCACUGAUGCACACGUUCGCCUUGGCGAGGCACAUCUUAUCGGUAUGGCGAGUGCUAAAGAUGCUACUGAACCCUUGGAACGCGCGCUACAGUUGCAACCUGACCUCUCACGCGCGCGAAGGCUUUUAGGCGAUGCAUACCUCCGACAGAACCGAAUUGACGAUGCGAUUCAUCACCUUAAACAGUUGCUACAGGAUAGUAAAGCCCGUUACCUCCUCGGUCUUGCCUACUUCCAAAAAGAGGAUUUCACGCAAGCGAUACCACACUUUGAGGCGGUUAUUAAACGCGAAGGUCAGCAUGCCAAAGCGCAUUUCAAUCUUGGGAAUUGUUAUCUCCGCACAGGGAAAGUCGCCGAAGGGCGCGCCGCACUCCGUAUGUUUGAGAAACUCACACGCGAAGAGGAACAAUUGGCAUCACUGCAGCGUUUGGUUCAUAACGAUCCGCAACGCCUUCAGCCUCGUUAUGGGCUUGUAGAACUCCUUAUGAAAAGAACGGAAUGGGAAUUUGCUACGGCGGAGCUUAAAGCGUGUCUCGCCAUCGCGCCGCACGAUGCGAAGGCAUCUGAACUGCUUGGUUACAUCUAUCUGCAAACAGAGGCGUAUCCAGAGGCACUUGAAGUCUAUGGAAGUCUCGUUGAAGCACACCCAGAGAACGCGAUAUACCGGAAUAGUCUCGGUAUUAUCUAUAUGAUGCAAAAGAAACCUCGGCAGGCGAUCGCGCAGUUUGAAACAGCGACACGCCUUGACACAACGAAUCCACAACUUUACCGAAACUUGGCGAAUGCCUAUCGACAAGUCGGCGAACAGGUGAAAGCGGAACAGGCGUACCGACGUUACCGCUCCCUAACAAAGUGA